AUGAAGACCUCAGCGAUCGCAACUACUCUCGUGGCCGCCCUAUGCGCCACCUUCGCCAGCGCCGGCGUCGUCAUCACGCCUAUCCACCAGAACCAGCUCGUCGACACUCUAGCUGGCGACUGCUUCUUCGGCAAGUCGACGCCAUGGGAGGAGUGA